AUGGGCUGGGGAAACGAUCGUGAUGCUAGAGUAUUUCGAAAAAGCACAAUAUGGUGGAAUAUUUUAGAAAAUAAUGGCUCUAUACUUCUCCCCAAUCGCCAUAUUUUAGGCAAUGGAGCAUAUCCAUUAACCGAAAAAGUUAUGGUGCCAUAUAAGGAUAAUGGUCACCUAACACAAAAUCAAAAGAAUUUAAAUAAGAUUUUAAGCAGUUCACGUGUGGUCAUAGAACAAGCUUUUGGAAAACUAUUCGGGAGAUUUCGAAAAUAUAGACAUAUGGAUGUAUAUCAUAAAUCGUACUGUGGUAAGAUUAUCACCACUGCUUGUUUUCUACACAAUAUUUGUAUGACAACUGGAGAUGACUUUAAUUCCGAGCCUUAUGUGUCUGAAAAUGAGAUAGGAGGUGAUCUACAUGAAGAUGGGACUAGAAGCGGAGUAUUAAAAUGUAAUGCAAUUUGCAAUGCAUGA